AUGUCCAACGGAUAUCCGGCCGUUCCCGGGUCUUUUGGCAGCGGCCGCUUGAUACAAGCAUCAUUCGCUGUCUUGUGCUCCGAUGUGAUUGGAAGUGCAGGCGCUGGUCCUGGCGGCAUCGGAGGCGGUGGGAAGGCUCCGGGUGGAGCAGUCACCGGUGGUAACGGAUACGGGGGCAUUGGUGGCAUGCUUCGCUCCAAGCUUUCUGUAAAAAUAGAAGGAUUAGCGAUGGGAAACAAGGAAAGUAACGAGAAAACGUGA